AUGCAAAAACAAAAGGUCUUGUUUGAAGAACAGUGUGUCUAUCUUGACUUAUUCAGAACAGUCUCUCUCUCUCUCUCUCUCUCUCUCUCUCUCUCUCUUUCUCUCUCUCUCUCAGCCUGUUUAGAGAAGUGUCUCCCCAUCUCAAACUGUUCAGAGAAGUGUCUCUUUUUCUCGGCCUACUCAGAGAAGUGUCUCCUUAUAUUGGUCUGUACAGAAGUAUCUUUCUCUCUCUUAGCCUGUUCAGAGAAGUGUCUCCCCAUCUCAAACUGUUCAAAGAAGUGUCUCUUUUUCUCGGCCUACUCAGAGAAGUGUCUCCCUGUAUUGGUCUGUACAGAAGUAUCUUUCUCUCUCUUAGCCUGUUCAGAGAAGUGUCUCCCCAUCUCAACCUUUUCAGAGAAGUGUCUCCCCAUCUCAACCUGUUCAGAGAAAUGUCUCCUUUUCUUGGUUUGCUCAGAGAAGUGUCUCCCUACCUUAGUCUGUUCAGAAGUAUUUUUCUCUAUCUCUUAG